AUGCCUCAGCAUCUACACUCGGAUCUCAACAAAUGGCCCUCUUCUGCAUAUGUGCCAAGUCCUAUCUUUGCCCAGGCGAAAAGAUGUUCUGUUUCCAGUACCAAGAAACAAACGACAAUGCUCACUGCAAAAGAAAGUGUGUUUAUGGUCAAAUUCCCCUCUGCAGCUAACAUUGAAGAUGAAAUGAUUCAAGUUUGCAAGGAAAUUACACAUGCACUUAAGGAUGGCGUUGUUUCCAAAGAAGUUGGUCUUUAA